GACACCGCAGCAGUUCCGCUCCGGUCCUGCUGACGGCGCUGUCGCUUCUUUGACAGACGGUUAAAAACCUUCUCUGGAGUUUCCUCCGACUUUUAAAAAUUUGAGCGACAGCAGGGUGAAGAGAGAGUCACAUCUGGAAGGUUGAGGGCCAUGGCUCGUGGGCAGCAGAAGAUUCAGUCUCAGCAAAAGAAUGCCAAGAAGGCAGCAGAUAAGAAGAAAGGUCAGGCCGCUGACCAGAAGACUGCAGCGAUGGCCGCACUGGUCCACACCUGCCCCGUCUGCCGGACACAGAUGCCUGACCCUAAGACCUUUAAGCAGCACUUUGAGAGCAAACACCCCAAGUCCCCCAUGCCUGCUGAACUGGUGGACGUUCAGGCAUAAAGAAGGGCCGACUGGACCUGAACCCGAUACACAAUGACCACGGACUAAACAUUGAAUCACUGCACCUGAAGGAUGUUGAUGACGAACACUGGGAGCCGUCAGUAUUCAUGGACAACAUGUCGGAAUGGAGGGAUGUGCUGUGUACGUACAUGUGAGUUUGUGAAAGAAAAAACAAUAACGACGGGGCAGAAGUACACCAGCACCCCACUUUUAUAUUUAUUAUGUACAACUACGAGGGAGGGGGACCUGCAAGAUUGCCUGCUAACACUGAAUAAUAUUAUCUUGUGACUAAUUACUGGGAGAUGUGAUGAGUCUGAAGAAACUACGAUGGGAAGUGAAAAAAACAGCAAAUAUUUUUGAAUAUGUGGUUAGCUAGGAAGAGAUUGCACAUUUAACACCCCAACUAUAUAUUUAAUCACUCGUCUACAAUGGACGUGGCACCGCUGUCGAGUUUAAACCUUGUAACUUCAAACAUUUUCUCCUGAGUAGAGGGUAUUCAUCUGAUGUCGCCUCAGCCAUCCGUGCAUACCCUCCAUGUAAGAUUAAAAAAAUUAAGUUUUCAUGACCAUUGGCCUCUUCAAAAUACUAAAAUCCCAUUGUAUAUUUUUGUUGGUGGUAAAAUAUAGAGUAUUAGUUCCUCAAACUAUUUGCCGAGAUUCCUGGUUUUUGCCCAACAACACUCGACAGCUCUGCCUCCUCUGUGCUGCUGCUCCACAGGUGUCCACCCUCAGUAACACCUUACAACAGUACCUCACGUUAAACCACACAGUAAAUCUCAUAGUAUGUUGUUUUUUUUUUUUCCUCCCAAAUUCUUCUGCUUCUGCUCAUUUUUAAUGUGGUCCUCCUUGGGCAUGUUUCAAAACAUAAUCUUGGCAAUAACACCAUCUUUGUCCCACUUCAGUUAAACCAGGACAAGAUUUGCUCUGUGCUCAUUUAUGCUUUCAACUGUUGGCAGUUUGGUUGUUUGUUUGUUUGUUUGUUUGUUUGAAGAAACCGUAAAUGAUUGACAGUUAAAGACAUGAUUAAUCCCGGUUCUUUUUGGUUCUUCAUAUACUUACUAACGGGCAAAUACGUCACUAAAUUUCCUCAAUGUAUUUUUUUUUUUUUUUUACCCUUUUCAAUAAAUUGAACAUUGUAUUUAA